AUGCAUAGUGAGAUUGCCAAAUGGUAUAGGGAUUUGGGUGAAGACAAUGUGAAAGCCCUACUGUUGAUCACAUUUGCUCAGUACCUCCAGGAAUGUCCAUUCGAACAUCACGCCAGAUUAGUGGGUGAGGUUGUGGAAUUCGCAAAAGGCUGUGCUCCUGAUGAGACAGCAGAAAAUUGUGGCAAAUCCCUUCAUCAACUAUUUGGUGAUAACUUAUGUAGUUUGGCAAAUUUUUGGGAGAUGUAUGGUGAAAUGGCAGACUGCUGCGCUGAAGAGGAACCUGAGAGAAAUCACUGUUUCCUGAGUCACAAAGAUGACCACCCAGAUCUCCCUAAAAUCAUAGACCCUGAACCUGAAGUUCAGUGCCAAGCCAUCCAAGGUAAUGAAAACAAAGAGGGAGCAUAG